GGAGUUCUUUGUCAAAGACAUCUAUAACCUUAUCACGUAAAUUGAUCUCACUCACUCAUAAAUGCGUCUUUCGAAGGUUUAAUUCAUAGACUCCCUCAUCAAACACUUACAUAUCUCAAAUAGUUACUCCUACGUCGGAUCUUGGUCUCUACCAAGUACAAACAAGGUCGGUAGCUACUAUUGGCCAAAGUUGCAGAUUGUUAAACAUGAACAAUAACAGAACGUGACAUCAUUUUCCGUUAUUCAAAAAUGAACACCGCUUCAUUCCUCACAUCUCUAUCAUGCUCAUCAAUCGCGGAAAACACCUCGAUGACGUCAUUCAUUUUCCUAUCUCCAUGUCCUCAGAGACUCCUCUUAGCUUUCAUUGACACCUUAUUUCUCCUCAUCCUCUUCAUUUUCAUCCUCCAAAAGCUCUAUCCAAAGCUCACCUCGCACAACAAUGGCGGUUAUUCCGCCAUUAACGAAUCUCUGGUAGUUAAAACCCUAGGUUCUGUUAAAAUCAACCUCUGGUUCAAACUAUGUCUUACAUCUUCCACAAUACUAGCUCUUCUAGCCAUUUCUUCAUCCAUUUUAGCCUUCAUACAGAACACGGAGACUCAAUGGAAGCUUAUCAACGGAACAUGCUGGUUGAUUCACUCGAUAACGUUUAUUAUAAUCACUGUUUUAAUCUACCACGAGAAGAACGUUGUUACCGUAACUCAUCCAUUCUCUCUUCGAGUGUUCUGGAUAUUAAACUUCAUAGCGGUUGCAUUAACCGCUUGUUCGAGUAUCACCCGCCUUAUUUCCAAAAGUUCUUUGUCAGAGUCUCUAGACUGGAUUUCAUCAAUCUCACUCCCGUUUUCGUGUUUCUUCCUGAUUGUUUCAGUAACCGGUUCCACUGGUAUUACAGUGGAACCGGAGUCCAAACCUGUUGAUGAGGUAGAGAAAUCAUUAAACGUAAGCGGAUGGGCCUCGGCUUCAUUCGUAUCAAAACUGUUUUGGUUUUGGAUGAAUCCGUUGCUGAAAAAAGGUUACAAAACUCCGUUAAAGCUCGAUGAUAUCCCUACGCUUUCGCCUGAACACCGAGCUGAGAAAAUGUCGAUAUUGUUCGAACAAAACUGGCCCAAAGCUGAAGAGAAUUCGAAACAUCCUGUUCGUACCACGCUCAUUCGUUGUUUCUGGAAACAUAUCGUGUUCACGGGGAUGUUAGCGACCACGAAGCUUUGUGUCGGGUACGUCGGCCCCUUGUUGAUCCAGAGAUUUGUUGAUUUUACAUCCGGGAAGGGGAGUUCACCGUAUGAAGGAUAUUAUUUGGUGAUCAUACUCCUUGUCGCAAAGUUUAUGGAAGUUUUGACUUCACAUCAUUUUAAUUUUCACUCUCAGAAGCUUGGGAUGUUGAUCAGAUCGACUUUGAUAACUUCUUUAUACAAAAAAGGGCUAAAACUGUCGUGUUCUGCUCGACAAUCGCAUGGUGUGGGGCAAAUUGUGAACUAUAUGGCGGUCGAUGCUCAACAGUUAUCGGAUAUUAUGCUUCAACUACACGCGAUCUGGCUCAUGCCGGUUCAAGUCACUGUGGCUUUAGUUAUUUUGUAUCUUUACCUCGGGUUAGCGACUGUGGUUACAUUGAUUGCGGUUUUGGUGAUUUUGUUCUUUGUGUAUUUGGGUACUAAACGGAACAAUAAGUACCAGUUUAAUAUAAUGACUAGUCGCGAUUCGAGGAUGAAGGCGACUAAUGAGAUGUUGAGUUACAUGAGGGUGAUUAAGUUUCAAGCGUGGGAGGAGCAUUUUAAUGAUCGGAUUCAAUCGUUUCGUGAGUCUGAAUAUGGUUGGCUUUGUAAGUUCAUGUAUUCGAUUGGUUCGAACAUGAUCAUUUUGUGGAGUACGCCUUUGUUUAUCUCAACGGUUACGUUUGGGAGUGGGAUUUUGCUUGGGGUAAACCUUGAUGCUGGGACGGUUUUCACGGCCACGUCGUUGUUUAAGAACUUGCAAGAACCGAUUUGGAGUUUUCCCCAAUCGAUGAUCUCGCUUUCUCAAGCAAUGAUCUCGUUGGGACGAUUGGACAAGUAUAUGCUGAGUAACGAGUUGGAAGUGGGUUCAGUUGAAAGACAUGAAAAUAGUGACAAUAAUAUGGCUGUCGAGGUCCAAAAUGGGUCGUUUAGUUGGCACGACGACCUGUCAGAAGGUGAAACGGUCAAGAAUUUAAACUUUGAAGUAAAAAAAGGGGAACUCGCGGCCAUUGUGGGGACUGUUGGUUCAGGGAAAUCGUCUCUGCUUGCAUCGGUUAUUGGUGAGAUGCACAAAACAUCCGGCAAGGUAAAAGUUUUUGGGAGCACUGCAUAUGUUGCGCAAACCGCAUGGAUUCAAAACAAGACAAUUCAAGAAAACAUAUUGUUUGGUUCGCCCAUGGAUCGAAACAAGUACAAGAAUGUCAUAAGAACUUGUUGUUUGGAGAAGGAUCUAGAAAUGAUGGAAUUCGGAGACCAAACUGAAAUCGGGGAGCGUGGGAUCAAUCUUAGUGGUGGCCAAAAGCAGCGCAUUCAGCUUGCACGAUCAGUUUAUCAAGAUUCGGACAUCUAUCUUCUUGAUGACGUGUUUAGCGCUGUUGAUGCUCAUACCGGUUCACAAAUAUUCAAGGAAUGUGUUAGGGGAGUCCUUAGAGACAAGACGAUCUUACUUGUUACUCACCAAGUCGAUUUCCUUCAUGAUGUCGAUCUUAUACUUGUAAUGCGCGAUGGUAUGGUCGUUCAAUCCGGAAAAUAUGAGGAGCUAAUUCAAUCAGGGCUAGAUUUCAAAGACUUGGUAUCUGCACACGAGAGCUCAAUGCAGUUAGUACAAACAGAAUCAACCGAACCACAAACAGUCACAAAAUCUCACACCAGUAACUCCAACGAACACACCAACGAGAACCAAAAAUCUCAAGAACAAUCUCAGUCAAGUUCCAUUACAGGAACAUCAAAACUGAUCGAAGAUGAAGAACGAGAAACAGGAAGAGUGAGCCUACACGUCUACAAAGUGUAUGCAACCGAGGCUUUCGGCUGGUUUGGUGCUGUUCUAGUUUUGUUGUUAUCGGUUUUGUGGCAGUCGUCGCAAAUGGCUAGUGAUUACUGGUUAGCUUAUGAAACUUCUGAGGAUCAGGCUGCGUCUUUUGAUCCUAAGGUGUUUAUAGGUGUUUACGCGAUUAUCGCAGGGGCUGCGUUUGUUUUUGUUCUUGGAAGAACUAUUUUUUCUAUGUUUCUUGGGCUUGAGACCGCGCAAAAGUUCUUUAAACAGAUUCUUCAUAGCAUACUUCAUGCUCCAAUGUCGUUUUUCGACACCACUCCUUCUGGAAGAAUUCUUAGUCGGGCAUCAAGUGAUCAAACCAACAUCGAUAUUCUCCUUCCGUUCAUAAUGAACCUGAGCAUUGCGUUGUACAUGUCGGUGAUCAGCGUGAUCAUCAUAACCUGUCAAUACGCUUGGCCGACAGUCUUCCUACUAGUUCCCCUCGGCUGGCUCAAUUUCUGGUAUCGGGGGUACUACCUUGCAACAUCGCGUGAAAUAACACGACUUGACUCUAUUACAAAAGCACCUGUUAUUCACCACUUCUCAGAGAGCAUCUCCGGGGUUAUGACGAUCCGGUGUUUUGACAAACAAGACGAGUUUAUUAAGGAAAAUGUUGAUCGUGUUGAUGGAAAUCUACGCAUGGAUUUCCACAACAAUGGAUCGAACGGUUGGUUAGGAUUUCGUAUGGAGUUUCUUGGAAGUUUGUUUCUAUGUGUUUCCACUGUUUUCAUGAUCCUCUUGCCUAGCAACGUCAUUAAACCCGAGGACGUUGGAUUGUCGCUUUCAUACGGAUUAUCGCUCAACGGUCUUCUAUUUUGGGCUCUAUACACUAGUUGCUUUGUUGAAAACCGAAUGGUCUCGGUUGAGAGGAUAAAACAGUUUACCAACAUACCAUCCGAAGCAGAAUGGGUGAAGAAAGACAACCCGCCUCCUGCAAACUGGCCUACUCAUGGCAGUUUGGAGCUCAGAAACUUGCAGGUUAGAUAUCGUCCAAACACGCCUCUUGUGCUUAAAGGAAUAUCCCUAAACAUUCAAGGGGGCCAAAAGAUCGGUGUGGUUGGUAGAACAGGUGGGGGGAAAUCCACUUUGAUACAAGUUCUAUUUCGGUUGGUUGAGCCUGCUGGAGGAAGUAUUAUCAUUGAUGGUAUCGACAUCUCCACGCUUGGGCUUCACGAUCUCAGGUCCCGAUUUGGCAUCAUUCCCCAAGAACCAGUCCUUUUUGAAGGAACUGUGAGAAGCAACAUUGACCCCAUUGGUCAACAUUCUGAUGAUGAGAUAUGGAAGAGUCUCAAACGCUGCCAGCUCAAUGAUGUUGUAGCUGCAAAACCUGGAAAACUUGAUUCUGCAGUUGUUGAUAAUGGCGAUAAUUGGAGUGUGGGACAGCGACAACUUCUGUGUCUGGGACGGGUGUUGUUGAAACAAAGCAGAUUAUUGUUCAUGGAUGAAGCAACCGCUUCGGUUGAUUCACAAACAGACGCUGUGAUUCAGAAAAUUAUAAGAGAAGAUUUUGCUGACUGUACAAUCAUUAGCAUUGCUCACAGGAUACCAACUGUCAUGGACUGUGAUCGGGUUCUCGUCAUCGAUGCAGGGUAUGCAAAAGAAUUUGAUGAGCCUUCACGUCUGAUUCAGAAGCCCUCUCUUUUUGGGGCGUUGGUACAGGAAUACGCAAACCGAUCAUCUGGUUUAUGAACACAUGAUGUUUAUACUCCUUUAAUCAAACGCUGUAAUUUUAUUUUUUAGUUGGAAGCUUUUAGAUGACUUUUAAAUUUAUUAGUUAAAAAUAUUUAACUUUUAUAAUAUACAUUUGUCGUAAUUAUUAUUUUAGAUAAUAAUGUGUGUAAACAGGUAAAAUAAUUUAUUUUGAUGUAAGGGUAUUUUUAUCA